AUGACGAAGGUGGCCAGGGUGAAGCGAGCAAAAAGGCGUGUGAUGGGAGGCAACGUGAGAGAGGAGUUGCUUUGUAUAGUACCUUCAGGAUAUGAGAGCCGGGUUUCAUAUGCAAACACUGAGGCAGAAGGAAAAAUGGAUAAUCUAACUUUAAAGAUCGCUGGGGUAAAGCUAACGAUUAUGGUUAUAAAAGAAAAAGAUCACAAUGCUAUCGUCAAGGGUAGCUGUUGUUUCCACAGGUCACCGACGACAGACACAGUGGCCUGGUCUGAAAAUAUGGACACUCUUUUAACCAACCAAGCUGGUCUAGAUGCCUUUCGAACAUUUCUAAAAUCAGAGUAUAGUGAAGAAAACGUGGAGUUCUGGCUGGCCUGUGAAGACUUCAAGAAAACAGAAAGUGCCGAAAAAAUUGCUUCCAAAGCCAAGAAAAUUUAUUCUGAAUUCAUUGAAGCUGAUGCCCCUAAAGAGAUUAACAUUGACUUCAGCACCAGGGACCUCAUUUCAAAGAAUAUUGCAGAGCCGACCCUCAAAUGCUUUGACGAGGCUCAGAAGUUAAUCUACAGCCUCAUGGCCAAGGAUUCGUUUCCUCGCUUUCUCAAGUCAGAGAUUUAUAAGAAACUGGUAAAUAGCAAACAGGUUGGAAAUCAGAAAAAAUGGCUCCCCUUCUUGUAA